UCGCAGAGCAACACAACAACAUCGCACACCGCCGCACGGCAAUGGCUGACACACCCAAACCUGCCACCACCACCACGACACCUGUCACCGACAGCGCUGCAGCGCCAGCGCCAGUUCGGUACAACUACUACCAGUCAAACACGGAGGUGGUGGUCUCCUUUGUGCUGAAGAAGCUGAAGCCAGAGGAUGUGCAGGUGACACUGACGUCGACACACCUCACGCUCCGUGCCAAGCUGCCGGACGGCACAGAGGCCCUCUUUGAUGAAGACCUCUUCUCAGACGUGGAACCCGACUCGUACACCUUGCGCGUUGUGCCAGUCAAGGUGGAGAUGAAGCUGAAGAAGAAGACACGCAUGCACUGGUCCGACUUUGUCAAGCCAAAGAGCGUAGAGCAGGCCCCAAAGCCCGCUCGAAAGCCGCGCACAACCGCAGACUGGGACCGCCUCGGGCGGGAAGUUGAGGAGGAGGAGAAGACCGAGAAGCCGGAGGGCGAGGCCGCAAUGCAGAAGCUCUUCCAGCAAAUCUACGGCGACGGAAGCGAUGAGGUGAAGCGGGCGAUGAUGAAAUCGUUUGUGGAGAGCAACGGCACCGUCCUCAGCACAAACUGGGACGAGGUCAAACAGUCAAAGGUGGAGGUGAAGCCCCCGGAUGGGGUGGAGUUCAAGCCGUUCAAGUGAACGACAGCAGCAAACCAAACCAACAGCUCUACAUUCCAUCUUGAUCCCCCUCCCACACACACACACACACACACACACACACACACACACACAGCCACGCGGAUCAGGCACAAACUACAUACCAGCUUUUGUGCCCUUUCCAGCGUUCACUGUUUGCUUAUUUUUGCACUCUUUCAUCUUCCACAACACAUAGCAGACUCAUACGCACCCACAUGCACAUAACACUCAUAUGCACAUGCACACACAACUGCAUAUGCAUACACACCCUCUCCAUUUCCCCCCUCUGUGUUGUCGUUCCAUGUUACAUUACACCCGCUGAUUCGCGCAAUUGUGAACGUAUAAAACCGCGCAAUCCCGCGCAUCCCUCGUG